GACUGUUGAAUAAUCACUCUCCAGUGAUUUAUCGCUUCCUUUUAAUUUUGCCUGGACUGAUCAUAUUCAACGUCAACAUUUAAGUCUUAACAUAGCCAUUCUCAGCCAUGUCCUCUCACAAAAAACGAAGAAUUGAAGGUGUCAAUGCCACAAAGCCGAUGAGUGCUAUUGCUGCUCUUGCUGCUCGGCGGAGAGAGGCUGCGGCCUCUUCGACGUCCGCGCAACAAUCCUCAGAAUGCGACGAGAAACAACCUACCAGCAACGUCAACUACUUCAGUCCACUUCAAAAGGGAAACAGUCAAGUCGGAACUCCGUCAACUCCUAAGAAAAGUGCAGUAAAGGCUCCUAGGCCACAGUGUGUAACUGAGACGCCUGCCGCACAUUCUAAAAGCCAUGUAAUGGCAAGUCGGCCACCAGGAUCUAUAAGUCCUGAAUUCGGGACAGCUCAAAGGGCCAUACCAUACUCAUCAUUUCGAUUAUCCGAUCAAAACCACCGAGUUAAGAAGGGAGGUGUGGUAGAACUACGACUUUCUGGCAAAGAGCGAUUUACAAUCAUUGGGAGUUUUGGUAUCAAAGUGAUUCAAGGUGAGGUAGUGUUGGCUGGUGCCACUCUCUAUCCUGCUGAAACCAUUGAAUGGGUUCACGCCCCUUACUGCCAUGCAGUGCCCGUAUUACGGACGAAGGAGCAGACAAGACUAGAGCUGCAUCCAGAUAAAAUGGCUCAAGGUCUGCGCCAGUUGAGCCGUUUAUCUCCUCUAUUCAGGAAAAUGUGGAACGAACCACCUGAGGGAGACUCAACCAAGUCAAAUAAAGAAGUAACUUUUCAGAUUGUCCAAACGCCAGAAGAUGCUCCUAAGAAAUGCAUCAUCCAAGAAUUAGACUCGCUAGCUGCGUGGAACAGGAAGCUUUCAUGCCUGGUGACGACCAGCCGAGAGAAGCCAUCUCUCUCAACGUUGAUUUGCGGCCCCAAGUCGGCCGGAAAGUCUACUCUUUCGAGACUGUUUCUGAACCGGCUUUUAACAGAUCGAUCUCAUAGACAGACCUUGCGAGGUGUUGUGGUGAUGGACCUAGAUCCAGGCCAACCAGAAUAUGCGCCAGCUGGGACUUUGUCACUCGUGUUUGUGACGAAGCCGAAUCUAGGGGCACCAUUCACACACCCGGGGAUCAGAGACACUGCUUCGAACGUCGUUCGUUGCCAUUCAAUGGCCUCCGUAACACCAGCGUCCGACCCCGAUCUCUACCUGGCAUGUGCCGUUGAUCUAUUUGAUACGUACAACAAAAGUUUUGCGGGUGUUCCUCUCAUCAUCAAUACACCAGGGUGGAUUCUUGGAACUGGGCUCGAUCUUCUCUGUGCCUUGGUCAGGAUGAUGAAGCCUGAAGAAGUAUUAUAUAUGUCUGAAGAUGGCCCUUCAGAAACAGUCGAUGCGUUACGGGCUGCAACAGAAACCACGUUUACAGAAUUACCGUCCCAGCAGUCUGAAUUUACAUCAAGAACCGCUGCUCAUCUGAGAGCGAUGCAGACCAUGUCUUAUUUUCACUUACAAGAUCUAGCUUUGACGACAACGAAGCAAACUGACAUCACCCAAAGGUUGAAGUGGAACCCAUCGCCACUUUCUUUCAGACCACCCUUACUUGUACGAUAUUCCUCCAAGAAAGGGAUCUUCGGUUUGGUAUCGUACGAUUAUCAAUGUCCACCGGAGUUGUUGGCCGAUACAGUGAACGGACUGGUCCUGGCGGCAGUUGAGAUAGAGGAUGUGAAAGCAUUUUCCAGAUUCACCCAAGACCAGGUCUCUGCCGAUAUAUCAUCGAAGCUCACGAAGCUUGACGCAGCAAGCAAAGAUGAGGCUCUCCAGAUGGUAUCAACAAGUCCGGAAGGUAUUCCUUACAUUCCCAACUACAAUGAUGCUGCUUUGGACCCCCGGUAUUCUCGAACUAUUGGGCUGGUUCUCCUGCGAGGUAUUGACACAAAAUCACACACCUUGCAGCUUACCACACCAAUUCCAGCAGAAGAGUUCAAACACAUAAAAUCUGAAGGCAGAGACAUUGUUUUGCUCCACGGCAAGUUUGAUACCCCAAGUUGGGCCUAUACCGAAGAUCUUUAUGAGAGAGCUGGGGCCGACGAGGGGAACGACACAAUACUUGAAGUUACGGACGAGGACACAGACGACGAUAAGUCAGAGGCCGAACCAGAAGACGUUGACAGAGUUAGCGAUUUGACAGAAGUUCCCUGGGUGGAGGUGCUAAAAGGGAGCCAGAGACGGCCAGUUGGCUCAAGAGUUUGGAGGGUCCGUAGGGAUCUAGGCCGCAACAAUGCUUGAGACUAGUCCGCAAGAGUACUGGGAGUCAACAGAUCGGCGAUGAUGGUGGCUGCGACCAUCUGCUAGACUGCUACCACUCGCUAGCGACCGUUGACCACCCGAGGGUGGGGUUUUGAACCGGCACUUGAAAGCAAUUGCCAUGUGGCGAGCUCGGCACUGAAGAACUAAAAACGAGUUGGCUGAGCUGAGACUUAGUGACAAGAUUGGUCAGCCUCAACUAGGAAUCUAGUUAAUGGCUCACACAAACGCUCAGACGAUCGUAGGCGAAAGAAGUGAAGCAGGUCUUAAGUCGGUGAGGCAUGGAUGCCAAAGAAGAACAAGUCGCGAUGAUAAGUUGGAACUAUCGCAGCCCUUGGGCCCGAUUAGCCAACUCCUUGACGUGUCAGCUCUCGGCCCCAGACAUUGGCCUGAUGUAACAUCGUUCCCACCUUUGGCUUGUUUCGAGAGCAUGAUAUGGAGUAGAUGACAUGUCAUAAACAUCCUCGUGGUCAGAUUGACGCUAUGCACAAUUCGCUAGUCUUGGUAAAUGGGACAGUGCCAAUAGUUACACAGGGAAUACGGGCACUAGUUGAAGUCAGGCCAUUUUGGCAGAUUCUAGACCGAGUGUAUCAACUUCUCCGAAGAAUAGAAUUGAAGCAAAUUCCGGAUGCUACCA